AUCGUUUCUUAUUAUUCCACGCGCUAUUUCCUCAAAUAUUCAUCUCUAAAGUAGGAGUGGAGGAAAUAGCAAUAUAUUAUUUAUAAAAAUUAAUUUCCUUCUCCGCCAAGUCGGCGGAGUCAUAUGGCGGGCUGCUUCGAAGAAGAUGGUUCACUAUUUAUAGGACCAAAACUUGAAUCACACAACAAUGCUUGAAUCUUCAUUCAUUGAUGACCAUAAAUCGUUUGCGGAUAUCAAGUUCCUUUGCGAAAAUGGCGGAAGAGAUCAGUAAGGCCGGACUCGGAACUUCCACUUCUUCCUCUGAGACCGCCAAAUCUAGAUCUCUUUGGCCCUCUGUUCUCCGUUGGAUUCCCACCUCCACCGAUCAUAUCAUCGCCGCCGAGAAGCGGCUUCUCUCUCUUGUCAAGACUCCUUAUGUCCAAGAACGGGUUAAUAUUGGUUCUGGCCCGCCAGGAUCGAAAGUUAGGUGGUUUCGCUCUUCGAGUGAUGAGCCUAGGUUUAUCAACACCGUGACAUUCGAAAGCAAACCUGAGUCUCCGACGCUUGUAAUGAUUCAUGGUUAUGCUGCUUCUCAAGGAUUCUUCUUCCGCAAUUUUGAUGCUCUUGCCAGUCGCUUUCGGGUCAUUGCCGUCGAUCAACUUGGGUGGGGAGGAUCUAGCAGGCCUGAUUUUACGUGCAAAAGUACAGAAGAAACUGAAGCAUGGUUUAUAGAUUCAUUUGAGGAGUGGCGAAAAGCAAAAAACAUCAGUAAUUUUAUUUUACUUGGACACUCAUUUGGUGGAUACGUUGCAGCUAAAUAUGCUCUUAAGCAUCCUGAGCACAUCAACCACCUAAUUUUAGUGGGACCUGCUGGAUUUUCUUCGGAGUCAGAUGCCAAGUCUGAGUGGAUUACAAAGUUUAGAGCUACUUGGAAAGGAGCGGUUUUGAGUCAUUUGUGGGAGUCAAAUUUUACUCCACAGAAGCUUGUUAGGGGUCUGGGCCCUUGGGGACCAGAUCUUGUUCGCAGAUAUACAAGCUCUAGGUUCGGGACAUACUCAAUCGGGGACAUAUUGAAUGAUGAAGAAUCCAGAUUGUUAUCAGAUUAUGUAUAUCACACCUUAGCAGCCAAGGCGAGUGGAGAAUUGUGCUUGAAAUACAUAUUUGCAUUUGGUGCAUUUGCUCGGAUGCCACUUCUACAGAGUGCAUCUGAAUGGAAAGUUCCUACAACAUUUAUAUACGGUUCUCAAGAUUGGAUGAACUAUCAAGGCGCACAAGAAGCUCGCAAGAGUAUGAAGACACCAUGCGAAAUAUUACGGGUUCCUCAGGCUGGCCACUUUGUGUUCAUAGACAAGCCUAGUACUUUUCACUCGACUGUCUUCUACGCGUGCCGCAGAUUCCUCUCCUCCGAACCCGAUAAAGAAUCUUUACCAGAAGGUAUAAUAUCUGCCUGAUCGUCUUCACCAAACAUUAUGGAUACAAAUUCAAAAGAGAGAACCAAAUUAUGGGUUUCUACAUCAAUUUUUUUUUUUUUUUUUAAAUAAUGUAAUAUAUUUAUGAAAGUUAUGUAACUUUCUUUUAUAGUUGUAGUUGAAUAUACCACAAACUUCGAUGUUCUAAAAAAAUCCAAUGAAUGCUUACCUCUAAUUGGAAUGUGGCCCCCCAACUCCCAAAUGUUUUCACAGAA